ACCCUAGCCGUAUGUACGUGAAGCGCUGUAUGGCUUUUGAGGAUCCGCAGCCCUCUCCUCCAUAUCCCCAUCCCAAAACCAAACCCUCUCUAUAUAAACCCCACAGACCAUAUACUAACUCAUAGGGCGAGAAGGAAGACAGAACCCAACAAGACAGCGAAGAGAAAGCAACAAUAAUGCUUCCCAUCCUCCUCCUCUCCCUCCUCUUCUCCUCCUCCUCCCACGCCGCAGACUUCUGCGUGGCGGAUCUAACGGGCCCAGAGACCCCCUCGGGCUACCACUGCAAGAACGAAUCUGCCGUCACCGCCGAUGACUUCGUCAUGACCGGCCUCGGCGUGCCCGGCAACUUCUCGAGCAUGUUUAAGGCUGCACCCAAGGCCGCCUUCGUCCGCCAGUUUCCCGGCAUCAACGGGCUUGGCAUCUCAGCUGCCUUCGUCUAUUAUGCCCCUGGGGGUUUUAUUCCCCUCCACACCCACCCAGCCGGCAGUGAACUCAUUGUGGUCACCCAGGGCACCCUCCUUGCUGGCUUUAUCUCCUCCGCCAAUAACGCCUACUAUAAAACCCUCAACACGGGCGACGCCAUGGUCUUCCCCCAGGGGCUGCUGCACUUCCAAGUGAAUGUUGGUGAGACGACCGCGAUAGCCGUCGUCGGCUUCAGUAGCCCGAGCCCUGGGAUCCAAACAACAUCGUUCUCGCUCUUUGCGGGCAAUUUGCCAUCGGCAUUGGUGGAGAAGGUUACCUUCCUUGAUGAUGAUGAAGUGAAGAAGCUCAAGAAGAUGUUGGGAGGGACUGGGUAGAUGAGAGAGCUUGCUGGCCGAGAAUUGAUUUAAUGGGCGCCAGGUGUUUUUUCAGGGUUUUGAUUGUGUUGAGAGUUCGAUGUAUGUAUUCCUUUUGUUGUGGGGCAAAUUGGUGGUGUAUGAAGACUAAAUCUAAUUUGAUGUAAUAAAACAGUAAUUGCUAAUUUUUUUUUCUUCUC